ACUCCCCACACUCCGUGCCCAGAUGGUGGAAGUUAUAUUUCAAACAAUUGGGUAGUCUACAUCGCUCUUUCACUACAUAUAAACUAACGGCAUCGGCGGGGACAGCGAUAAAUGACGACAAGUUAAAGGCUCGAGAUUUCAACAUGAAGCCUCAAGCAUAUCUCCUAUCAGCCUCUAUUCUUGUCUUCAAGUGUUCAGCUUGGGAGCACACCAGUGAACAAGACCUUCGUCGCGGCAUUUCAGGACAUAAUCAUGCGCUGGUCGCAUUUAUACACCCCUCAUCCGCCGGAAGCCAAAUUCUAGAACCAGAAUGGACAUCGGUCGCCAAAUCACAUAGAUCGCUAAUGAGUAUCGAUUGCUCAACUAACUCAAUGUUGUGCGACGAAUUUGGUGUAAUAUCGUACCCUGCGUUGCGAUUUUUCGACGGACAUGGUUAUACCAUAUCCUAUCGAGGGCCGAGGAAGGCUUCAGCGAUUUCCUCAUUCCUUCGGAGAGCUCAACGUCCCACCGUUACAAUAUUAGAUGACGAAACGACAGCCAGUUUCCAAUCGAUUGAUGAUACGGUGCUAAUCGCGCAUGUAAACCCUCGCGACGAGCACAUCGCAACUGCACUUAGGGCAGUUGCAUCCCAGUUCGAGGAUCGAGCGUCAUUCGGACUCGUAGAUACGGCGGGUACUACAAGCGUCGAGUGCUACAACAACAGGGACGAGCAGAAGUUUACCUUAUCUGACUUGACGGCUAUCGACGCAAUCACUAAGCUGACCCAAAGUUGCAUAGCGCCAUUGAUUGGCGAGUUCACGCGAGCUAACGAGCUGGAUUAUCUCCAGUCUGGAAAGUCGUUGGUAUUCUUCUUUGCCAUGUCAUCGAACGAGAGGGAAGCAUACGUCAAUAAGAUGAGGCCGGUUGCGAAAAUGUAUAAAGAAUAUCUCAGCUUCGUGACGGUAGAUGGUGAUGAGUACGCAGACUUCGCAGCGCCGCUUGGUUUGGCGGCUGGCGAAUUUCCUGCCCUGUCAGUUCAAAAUCCGAGGGUUGGUCAGACCUUCCCCUAUCCCUCAGGGGCGGAUAUAACCCCUGAGACUGUUGGUGCUUUUGUGAUGGACAUUGUACAAGGGAAGGUAAAACCGUGGGAUGGACAGAGAAGGCAAGACAAAACUCGGGCACAUGAUGAACUGUAAGGUGGAUAGAUGAUAUCACAGGAAACUAUUUGAUGCCUAUCUAGCGAGCUGAACGAGAGAUAAAAAUGAGUGGUUCUGGCCUGCGCUUGUGUCGUGACGUUCCACGUGUGGCAAUCUAAUCGUUAUAAUCAGCUUUCUGCUUAGAUAUCAUCUCUGUUCAAUUAGCCGGCUGCUUGACGAGUGGACUUGUGCCAACAUCAUAGUCGAUUUCGCAAUC